AUUCAUUUGUUCCUCCCUCGCUCACAACACGGGCGGUCGCGGAUGUGUGUUGAGUUACGAGUUAACUUUGUUGUUGCCAACUUCAAAUAUAAAUCUUACUAGACUCGGUUCAAAUAGCCUCAGUAAUAGACGGACUUUUGUGUGUUGUUGCAUAGCAGCCUGUGCUGUUGGCUUGCCGUUGUUGCAGUACGUGCUGUGGUGAGCAAACUCGAAAUGGGAACACACGAAUCUCUGUCGGAAAGAGAAGCCGCAGAGCGUGUUAUUCACCAGUGAUGCUAAUAACCACGCGAGUUUUAUGAAUGUCCCCCGUUUAAAACCUUGAAACUCGCACGGAUUGGAAUUCGUCAUGGAUCGACCGGAUAGGGUGAAAGACCGGGGCUGUCUGGUCGCGAUCAUUUUCUUCAUCCUGGGGCUCGGGACCCUCCUUCCCUGGAAUUUCUUCAUGACCGCUAGUCUGUAUUUCAAUGAUCGUCUGAAAGGGGAGGAGUCUCGGAAUGAUUCCGACCCCGGUAACGGAACCGCUGUCAAUCGCACGGAAUACUACUUCAACAACUGGAUGACUCUGCUAUCCCAGCUUCCCCUGCUUCUCUUCACCUUCCUCAACUCCUUCCUGUACCAAUUGAUCUCGGAGCGACUGCGCAUCGCUGGCAGCCUCCUCUUCAUCCUCUUCUUCUUCAUCCUCACCGCCUUCCUCGUCAAGGUCCCCAUGGAGCCCGGGGUCUUCUUCUCGGUCACCAUGGCGACCAUCUGGUUCAUCAACUCCUUCGGCGCGGUGCUCCAGGGCUCUCUCUUUGGGCUGGUGGGUUUGCUCCCGCAGAAGUACAGCACCCUGUUCAUGAGCGGGCAGGGGCUGGCCGGGACCUUCGCUGCCCUCGCCAUGUUGCUGGCUCUCUCCAGUGGGACAGACUCCGAGACGGCCGCUCUGGGGUACUUCAUCACCCCCUGCGUCGGAACCCUGGUCUCUGUGGCUUCUUACCUGCUCCUGCCUCAACUGGAGUUUGCCCAGUUCUACUUGAAUAAAAGUAAUCAGAAAAAAAACUAUGAGCUGGAGAGCAACGACACACUGCUGAAUAAAGAGAGCGCCGCCCUGCAGGAGGACGGGAAGCAGAAAUCCUCCCUGUGGGAUGUGCUGAAGCAGAUCCGGGUCAUGGCCUUCUGCAUCACCUUCGUGUUCACCGUCACGCUGUCUGUGUUCCCCGCAGUAACUGUGGACGUGAAGACCGUGUACACAGGAGGCUGGGAGCGCUACUUCACCCCAGUCUGCUGUUUCCUGGCCUUCAAUGUGAUGGACUGGGCUGGAAGAACCGUCACCUCUUUUGUGAGAUGGCCCCGGAAGGAGAGCCCUCUGUUCCCGGGGCUGGUGUGCUGUCGCGUGGUGUUCAUUCCCCUGCUCAUGCUGUGCAAUGUGCAGGAGCGGUCCUAUCUGCCUGUGCUGUUCUCCCACGACAUCGUCUUCGCUCUCCUCAUGCUGCUGUUCUCCCUCAGCAGUGGAUACUGCGUCUGCCUCUCCAUGUCCUACGCCCCACAGUUGGUCAAGCCGCAGGAUGCAGAGACGGCUGGGGCUCUCAUGACGUUCUUCCUGGCUCUGGGGCUGUCGCUGGGGGCCGCUCUGUCCUUCCCUCUGCGAGCGCUGGUGUGAACGAGACCCCCGAGAUACGGAGAGGAGGAGUAGGGGGCUGCCAGAGGGAGGGAGCACGUGGGAGAGAGAUUAAGAGGGUGAGAGAGAGAGAGGAAGAAUGGUCUUGUAGGCAUGACGGGGCACUACAGCGGCAGUGCAAAAACUACUGACGGGAACACAAGAGCAAUGGGACUAGAAGACUCUGUACUGACGGGAACACGAGCAAUGGGACUAGAAGACUUUCUUAAUGUCCUGAAGACACUGAUUUUUAUUUAUUUAUUAAUUUUUUUCCCCAUGCGUUUCGAAUCUUAACGUUUAUCAAAGAAUUUGAUAAAGUUUUAUUUUAACUUCAUAUGUUCCCACUGCCCGAGUGGUUAAAAUCCUGCUCUUUUUUAAAUUAUUUUAAAAGGGAUUUCGAAAGCUGCUGACGAAGGGAAUUAUAUAUAAAAAUACUGUCUAUUAAGGCUAGAUAGUCUGUAUGACUUACAGUACCAGUAGUUACUAAUAACUUGUACAUUAUUUAUUUGUGGAUAGGGUGCCACUUAGUAUUCAAAGUUCACUUCAGGUUUAUAUACAAUCCAGAAUGUGUCCUUGGAAUUGUAGAUGCAUUUUCGGUUAUUAUUUUAGUUUAGAUACAGUAGCCGAAUUUUGACUGUUAGGAAUUUGGUGGGUCUGUUUUAAUGAUCUGAACUUGAAUGAAUUCUUGAAACGGUAAUACAUUGAAAAGACUCCUCAUGAAUGCAAAGUGAACGGUAUAGAUUCAAAAAUAAUGCUGUUGUUUUUAUGUCCUGUUCUCUGUUCUCUUUUAACGGUUCUGUUUCAAAUCGACGUUCUUGUUGUCUGACACGGUACGGGCAUUGCUUAGAACGAAGCUUUUCAUUUUCAUUUUCUUUUUUUUUUUGUCAUUUCAACUUUUCUGGUUCCUGGAACCCUGCCUACUUUGCUGAAGUGCUAUAACCUCACUUCCUGUGUUACGGAGAAUAAGACCCCCCCCCUAAAACAACAUGGUUUUACUUAUAGGGCUGAGAGAAGUUAUAGUCCCUU